AUGAUGAAGGGGCCCUCAGCAUGGGUUCUGUGCACAAUCUGGCUGUUCCAUUGCCCCAGUGCUGAGCCGGGUCAGUCUUUAGUGCGGGACCGGGAGCGACGAGGGCUCAUUGACUUGGCAGUGACCUUAUGGUGUUACCGCUCCAAGCUCAGAAUCUCCUUCCUCAAGCUCCACAACUAUGGCUGUUACUGUGGAACUGGGGGCUCCAGCAGGCCCGUGGACCAGGUGGACCACUGCUGCUUCCUGCACGACUGCUGCUACUACCAUACCAGGGUGACCCUUGGCUGCCACAGCCACGUCAAGUGGGGUCUGUACAACUACACGUGUCAGAAAGCACAGACAGAGUGCAAGGGGCAGACCGUGUGCAACAGGAUGUCAUGCGAGUGUGACCGGGCUUUUGCAGAGUGUUUGUCGUGGGCGAAGCCAAGUGAUCUGUACUACUUCUACAAGGCCAGGUUCUGCAAGGAGAACAAGUCUGUUUGCCCGGACAUCUUUCCCAACUCUUCAACUAUCGCGGACUGGAUAAAACAAGACUUCGAGCAGCUGAUUAAAAUAAAAAUUCAGGCCUGCUGGCAUCAAAGCAAAUCACAGCCAUUCACUGCCAAGCUCUCUCUAUGCAUGGCAUGUGGGUAA